AUGACACCUGAAAAUCAAAAUUCCGUACUGGCAACGACAGCAUACUGGGACAACUGGUAUCACGAGGAGCUGAAGCAGUUCGAGGAUAACAACACUUUGGGUGAAGAAUGGUACGGCAAUUACCAAGAACAUGUUCUGGAUUGGAUAAGUAGCAGUUGGAAUGGAUGGUGCACUAAUGUUAAUGUGGCAGACGUUAGCCUCUUGGAUAUUGGCACGGGUAAUGGGCUGUUCUUGUACCGACUGGCGGAAGUAGGAUUUAGGAAGUUGUACGGAGUGGAUUACUUGGAGUCGGCUAUCCGUUGUGCCCGUGCGUUCCGAAAGAAGAUUGCGACGGGGGAGGUUGAGGUAGAAGACAGCAAUGCUGACUUGACCAAAUGCGAAUUCCACUUCGAUGUGGACGAUAUAAUGGCGCCGUCGCGAGCUUCCGAUAAAACUACGGGCGAAAACCCAGCGGGAGAAGGGAUUGAAAAGUUGUUGGCGUCAGAUGGUCCAAUGGUGAUCCAUGACAAGGGCACUCUUGACGUAUUCUACCUCCGUUCCCAGAUUGAAUUGAUGGUGAAACGCGUGUGCGAAAAGUACGCCACAAAUCCGAACUGCAUAUGGAUCAUCUCCUCCGGCAACCUCACUCAUGACGAACUCAAAGGCUGCAUCGAGCAGUUCAGCGACUUCAGAGAAAUCGGUCGUAUGAGGUCUCUGCCACAGCUAAGCUUCCAGGGCCACUCCGGAACCACGCUGGCUACAAUGGCUUUUCAACGACCCGCCGCCUGCCUCACAAGCCCCUAG